GCAAAAUAUUCGGGAUUGGAGGAAUUCGAAAUUUUUUUUCGGGGAAGUAAGCCUCAGACCGCUGUCUUCAAGUACUUGACAUUUGCAUUGAAGAUAAUCUCGCAAUCGGCUUUUUCCCCCAGAAACCUCCUGGCAGAAGAUGCACAGAUGACGUCUUGGCGUGUCAUGAGCAAAACAGUACGCAACGAGACGCUGUCGCAGUCGUCGAUCUGAUUUCUGUCUACCUUCAGAGUUAUUCAAAUCUGUCACCAAUAUCACAAGAGCUUAACCGAAUAUUACCACGAUGCAUAGAUGAUGUCUUGGCGUGUCAUGAGCAAAACAGUACGCAAGAGACGCUGUCGCAGUCGUUAACUCAGAACCCCCACUAACCCGAUCUGAUUUCUGUCUACCUUCAGAAUUAUUCAGGUCUGUCACCAAUAUCAUAAAAGCUUAACCGAAUAUUACCACGGUAUGAAGAACAACAAAACAUCCCAAACAAAAGUAGAAUCGGCCAUGACUCCUCUUUGGAUCACUGCGUUUGCUCUCCUCGUACUGCUUGUCAUUAUUAUCAGCCUGUUGACCAUCCUCACAUUCGUCCGCAGUGUUCACCUCCGCAAGCGCAGCCUGUAUCUCAUUGUGAACCUCGCCGUAGCUAAUCUCCUGAUCUGUCUAGUACCGAUCCCCCUUCAUCUUUACAAUAUUCAUACAAUGAAUGUGGUACCACCCAAUCUGAACAAUGGGUUACUAAAAGUUAAUUUCUUUGACAUCUUUUUGGUGCUUGUUGGCAUGCUUAAUAUAGUGCUUAUAUCCAUAGAAAGUAUGCUAUCUACAGUGUUGCCGCUGAGAUAUCGCUCAGUCUGCAAACGUGUGUAUUAUUACGUGAUCUGUGUAAGUUGGAUUUUGCCUGCACUUAUCGCAGGCGGGAUAGUCUGGUGGCUCCAAACGCCGGCAGAUGGAUCCAAAUAUAUUCACAGUGUUCUAAGUUGUGCUUUCUUUGUCAUGUUGGCCACCCUUUUAAUCGUCUACACAGUGCAGUUUGUAAGCUUUAAGCGAUUUUCUUCAAAAUUAGCCUCCACGGUUUGCCCGAAUAUUGAUUGUAAGAUCGAAUCUGAAGUGAGGAAACUGACGCUGAAGCAGUGUAUUGUAACUAUUGCCUCGGUCUUGGUUUGGAUUUGUUUCCAUUAAAAUUAGUAUAAAGUUUGUUAAAUGACGCCAUUUUUUGCAUCAAUAAAAGUUUUUGAUUAGCCCUAGGUUAGGGGGGGGCGCUGUUACGCCGCAAAAUGUAAUAACUGAACGCAAAAUGUAAUCUAAUCGCGAAAUGUAAUAACUUUCAACUCAAAAUGUAAUAAAUUAUUUAACGCGAAAUAAAAUAACGCAGAAUGUAAUAAGAUCAAAUAAUGACUAUAAACCUAUAAACUAUAACUAAAACUUCUGUAACUAAGAAAAAAGACAAAACGUUAGCGUGUGUAGUGACCAAGUUGUAGUAGUCCAUCUCGGAUCGACGGCUGGUCUGGUCUCUCCAAACACUUGGUAGUGGUUGUCAGCAACCUGACAUUGCGAAUCCUCCCUAAAUCAUGGUCUGUAAAGCUGUGAUACUGUGCGGUUAUGAUUGUAUACUAGUAGUAAUAAAUGCAAAGAGAGAGCAAAUGCCAACUGCAGACGAGGUCGCUUUCAUUGAAUUUGGCAAUUACUAGAGACAACGCGCGCAAUAUGACGGCCAAAUCAUUAUACCUCAGUGGUAACAUUUUAUAGAAUUUUUUUAAUUUCUUUCCCAUAUUUUUCAAAAUUCCCUUAAGACUAGGCCUGUUCCAAAUUUAUAUGCACCUGGACUUUGUCACUACUUAAACUAAAUCGGGAAUAACAUGUCACCACCAUACAGCAACAAGAAAGCCCUAGAAGCCAAGGCAAGCACAAUGCACUGUCGCACUGCCCUUCUUUCACUUAACUAUCCUAACGUUUGUCUCUACGUGUUAACAUUUCAUCCUUUUCUUAAUAUUAGUAGAACCUUUAAGUCAAUAGAUAAAGUUAUUACAUUUUGCGUUAUUACAUUUCGCGUUAAAUAUUUUAUUACAUUUUACGUUAAAAAGUUAUUACAUUUUGCGUUAAACAUUUAUUACAUUUUGCGUUGAAAGUUAUUACAUUUCGCGUUAAGAUUACAUUUUACGUUAGUUAUUACAUUUUGCGGCGUAACAAAGAUGAUUAAGGUAAACCAUAAUCUUAAGUUUUUUAAGGCCAAAUCAGAACAUGUUAAAAAUCAGCCGUUAUACCUUGAGGUCAUGACGGUAUGAAUAGCCUCUCUACAGCUUUUAAACAGAGCUUUGUUUGCAAUAUCAUUUAAAUGGACUCCACCAUCUCACAUAAAAGUCAUUACAUGGGUGACUCCGAGGUAGCACCAGAAUAUCAUGUGUUAAAGCGUAAGCCGAAAUGUGAGAGGAUUUGCUGUCGCCGCCGCCCAACUGUUACCAUAUAGGUCGUUUUAGCCGACUGAGAGUAGGUACGUCAAACUCAGGCUCGGCAGGUUUGGAACAGUCGAUUGACUGAAUAAACGACAUAUUCCAAUUCUAAAGAGUUAAAAAUAAUAGCGAGAAUUGUAAAUGGUUGCUUACACAUGUCUUAAUCAAAUAAAUACAUAGAAUAGGUGCUUGCUUCCUCAUGUGGAAGCCGAAGGAUUUUCCACCAAGAACUCUAUUGCCAAAUUGGCAAUUAAAUUCGGUUCCCAUGGUGAUAAAUAGAGGGCGGAUCAAACCCGCUUUGAUUUGAGAGCUAGGUCUAAGAGGCCCUGGCCAAACGAGGAUACAUGUUGCCUGCAACAUUGGGGAAACAAGUUUCCUAAAUGUUUCCGAGGGUGGCAAAACGGUCACGAAACAUCGGCUCUGCAGCGCCCGGUGCAUGCGCAGUCUGUGAAACCUAAAAAAUGUCGGCCACGGAAAUAGGCGCAAGCGUUGCGCUUGCACCUAUAAUGAUCAAUUUAGACCUUGAACACGAAGAAAAUAAGCGGAUAGACAGUGGAUUUACCAGUGAUAUCGAAUUUCUUUAUCUUCUCCUCUAUCCCCGCGUAUUCUCCCGUAGACAUUUCCUAGACUCGUAAGACACAAUCAAACGCUCUUUUUGUCUGUCCAGUGCCUUUCCAUUUUUUUGGACUUUUUUGCACGUCAACAAAAUUUUCGUCCGCCAUUUCGAUUUGGUGAAGCGCGAGCGUUGCCAAGCAACGAGCCUAGAAAAUGCGUGGCCAAACGAAGAUACAUUCGGGAAACAAUGCUUCCAAGCGCUUGGAAAAAAGAAAUAAUUCUACCUCGCUGUGAAAACAUUUUUAGUGUCCUCUUUACGAAAUUUGUGGCGCGCAUCAAUGUUUCCGUGGUGGCCAAACUGGGAAACAUCGAGGCAACAUGCGCGCGGACAACAUGUUUACGGCAAUAUGUGUCCACGUUUGGCCUGGGCCUAAGCUCCCGGAUUGUGUUAAUUUAAUGCUGCAUUGAAAUAAAAAUAAUGAUGUUGAAUAAGUCAUAUGAAAUGCAAAAUUGACAUUAGGUUUGUUUGUUUGUUUUUGGCUGUGAAUAAAAGUACAUAAAAGGUGGGGUGGGGUGGGUGAGCUGAAGUGUGCAUUUUAAUUCCAUUCUUUGGAGAUGGUUGAUGUUAUGAUAUGUGUUUUUAUUGGUAUUGUUAUAAAAUAUUGAAGUUAUGCUCAUGGUUUUUCAAGGGUUUAUUAGCAUUUUGAGAACAAUAAAAGAGAAACUGUGCUAGUUUAACUAUGCCACAGCAGUCGUUUAUUACUAGUGUUGUUGCUCAUGUUAUCAGCCAAUUUGGGAAAAUGGGCCGCUAAAGUAUUGAACACAAACAUCGCCCGUUGUCCAUAUGACGACGGUACGUCGGUUUACGGAUUAAAAAACGGUCCAGCUAAAGGUGUUUAGCCUGCAGGCAGCCGGAAAUAGUUCCAUCAUUACCGUAAUAAUGGAACUAUUUCCGGCUGCACGCAGGUCAAAGGUGUUUCGAUUUUCUUUAAGUUCUAAACUACCCUGGGUACCAGUGGCUCGGGCUUCGUUCCACAUAGUAAACGAGAACGAAGCUCGAGACUGGUACCCAGGGUAUUUCUUAGCCUCGUCCCUAUGCUUUUCGGCGGGCCUAUCACGCUAUCAUGUUAUCAAGCUCUUGCCAACUAGCUGCAUACUUUCUACUAGCUCGUCUUGGCCAAACGGGUACGGUUUUGGGCCUCAGGGAAGAGUUUUUAGAGGCUUCCGAACCCCCCUCUACUCCAAAACUGACAAACAGAAUUUUUCUGAUGUAAGAAGCGAAACCUACUAAAAAAACUACUGAAAACUUUUCAAAGCACACUUUUCUUUGAUCGUUGGUGAAAUAAACAGUAUUUUUGGAGAAACGGAGAUAUUAGUGAAGGAUCUGCCAGGCUACUCGAAGUCAGCAUGAAGCGUCCGCCAUAUUGGAAAGUGUGAGUGCGCGCAAAGCAUCAUGGAGCUGACAGCAAGGGAGUAGCCUGGGAACGAGGCUAGGUAUUUCUAAAGGUGUUUAUCUAAACUAAAAUACUGUUUAGCAUUUCGUUCUAAUGAACCCUUCUUCAAAACCCAUGACGUUGAAUUGUGUAUAGCCUGCGAGACGGCUCUCAUUAUCGGCCUUCACCCGCGCCACAGAAUUCCCAAUAUUCGAAAACCAUUUCCGAAUAAACUCGAAUGAGAGCCGGCUAGCAGGCUAAAUUGUGUAAAGAAAAUUUGAUCUCUUUGUAUCAAUAACAUCUUGGUCCUCAAACCUGUGCAAUAUUAAUCUCGCAGAUAAACCCAACUAAUCAUCCAAUGAAAACCUGCGCUAUAAUGAAACACAGCUUGUCUCAAGAGCAAAUUAUUCUCUUAUUAUAGAUUUGACGACGAAAGAAUGUUUUUGUGGCAUCACUGCAUUUUAAUAACAUAGUAAUCGUAGUGAUUAUUGUGUUUGUAUAAACAUUGUUAUCCAAGAAAGUCCAAUUAGUUGCGUCGUUUCACACCUAAGUGUUCGUCUCGCUUGCUACCGAUAGCGAAUUACCUUUGGGAUGACAAUGGCCGAAAGAUUCUUUAUCAUUGAUUGGGAAACAGCCGGGAAAAAGUUUCUGGAGAACAUUUCGUUGACCCCACAAGUUCAAUUCAAUGUCCACAUCUUUGUGUACUAUUCAAGUCCUGAGAUGCCGGCUAAACUACUCCCUCAGUAUCGCGCGCUACACGUGCCACGAAAUGCAAAGAUCUGCGCUCUCAAAGACGCGGACUGGGAGCCACUAGUGCGAAAAGCCUCAUGGCGGAGCAGGCGAGCUCAGAACCCAGCGAAAAAUGAUGUUUGCUUGGUUUCAGGAGACGCAAGAGGAAGAUUUGGUGAGCUUAUGAACAUCUUGACCUCGAGUCACAUCGAAUUUCGCGUAAUUUCCACAGAAAAUCAGAGUAUUUUACAAGAGUUUGACAUUAAGUGUGUAAAAUGUAGAAUGGUUUUUGCCACGCGCGGUGGACUUGAAAAACAUAACCAAAAAUUCUGUGGAUAUUUUGACGAAUGCUUGACGAAUUCGAGUAAAAAAUUGACUGGGUACACAGAACGAUCCGUAGCGAACUCUAGAAAUUGCCCAACGUGUAUGGAAAACUGUAUUGUGACUUUUUGUCACCAUGGUAACCGUAGCGAGGAAAUGGAUAUCGUUCACAAGUCUCAGUUUGUUGGAAAAACCCAUUCCUGCUGGUCGAGCUUCGAUACAAAUACCUACACAUCACAUUUUCUCUAUGGUUACGACUCGCUUCCGUGCCUAGCGGUCACGGGAUGUCAGCGGUCAUUCUCUUCAGUGCAGGAGCAGGCGCAUCAUCACGUGACCGAGCACGGCUCUCGUAAGCCGUAUUUUUGCAUGGUCUGCUAUCGGGUGUUGAAGAUAGUAUGUUUUGAAAACGAAUCAGAGCUGCUUUUACAUGGAAAACUAGAAGGACAUUGUGAACCGGAGUUUUCAUUUGCAUGAAAGUUCAGGUCACUAAAUCCGUGGAAUCGGACGUUUUUCGCGUUUCCGCCUUGACAAAGUUCUUGGAACCACGAGCCAUUUGGUGGGACUUUUAGUUAAGGUUGAUUCUCACAGCCAAGAAAAUCAAGCAGAUUCUCACUGGAACGCAGGCGCAAGAGUAAGCACGAGAGAACGCCACUACGGAAGCCGAAGACGGGGUAGUCCAGUUGCGCUUUUCGAGAAACCACCACUACUACCGCUAUUCGCAACUAGAAAAGCGCAACUGGACUACCAUGUUCUCGGCUUCCGUAGUUGCGUUCGCAUGCGCUUCUUGUGCUUGCGUUCCAGUGUCGGUAAAUUACGUGCGUUGCGCUUGCGCUUACAUCCAAGUGAGAACCAACCUUUACUAUAGUUAACAGAGAGGAGUAUGCUACUGUUUAGUGGUUUGGCGUUUCCCCUUUACAUAAUAGCUGUCUGCUGCAAAUCUUGACUCCGCUAUUUAGGCUGGUUUUGAUACACCAGUCCAGAUUACUUCCUUGUAUGGAAACACAAAUAUGGCGGCAUAAAUGGAUUAUGACGUCAAGAUUUAAGCCUCUCGGCUUUUACCGCCUGGAAGAUAUAUUUUUCGCUUUAAAAGCUCCCCUCGAUGUUUGCAAUUUUAGAGCAGCCAGUGUUAGAUCAUCUUUCCAAGACAUCUCGUGCAAGGCUUCGAAGCGAUGGUUUCCCGAGUGAGGGCUUGAUUUAAACGUAGGAUAACACCCGGCUUUCACAAGAUGGCGUGGAAGGCAUAAAUAUGCAGUAAGUUUGUGCAUUUCAGAGCUUCUACAAUGUGAAUGUUCAGGACCCCGAAAUUAUACUUCACUGUUUCAAACUAUCUGGGAAAGGAGUGAAAAGACGCAGAACAUCCUCCAAGGGCGUCUUUUCUCUCCUCUUUGUUCCCCCUCCACCGGCUUUGUUCUCGCGCCUGUGACUUCGACGCCCUGGGUUCGAAAAGGCCAAUGCUCUACAUAUCUCUUUAGACGUACUCGUAUUGCAAAUAUUUCCCUUGUGCUCCAUAAUUCUGUAAAGAAAAGAAAUGAUUUUUUGUACUGUAAAUAUUUCUUACUACUAUUAGGCAAAAUAUUUGAUCAGUGUAAUAAAUAUAGUCCAGAACAAA